AAUAUUUUUACGCGAAUGUUUGAGAUUCUUGUUUUGCGAGCUUUCCCCUGAGGGACCUGAUGCAUGUAUAAAUAGGGCCAGUAUAAUAAAGUGAUGUAGGAUUGCAGUUGUUGCAUAAGAUAACAAAGAGUCUCAUUGACUGCCGGUCAGUCCGCGACAUCGCGAGAGGAUUAAAUUUAACAACGUGGUAUUGAAUUACAAAGACCCGCGAUUUGUGUUUCUAUGGAUUUGCUGUGCCACGCGAAAACUUUCAACAUAAGUUUACUAACAAUUUCCCAGCUAUGAAUUAAUAAGUUCUCGUUUGCACCGAAGCUAACAAACUACCGGUACCAGAUUAACCAACGGUUACGGCGUAGCGAUCGCCAGUACAUGGGAAUCAAAACUUAUGUUUUGCAUUUUGCACACAGCUUGGUAACAUAAAGGAAAUGGCAAGACAGCUGGCAGCAUUAACAAGAAACACAAGAAAUCGACACAGCCCAAUUGCAGUCAAAGACUCAACAUAUCUCGGAAUCAACCACACUCUUCAGACGACUACACUGACCCUAAAUGGACAGCUGAACACACCUGAUUUCAGUGCAUUUAAAACCCCUCCAGAGGGGCACACCCCUGUCGAUCAGAACCACUUUGAUUACGAUGAUGAUACUUUGAAAAAGUUUCAAAUAACACAUAACAUUUCAUUAUCCUUAUGUGAUAAACAGUUGAAUGACUCAGGCAUUGAGAAUGUUGAACUGAUGGAUGUGGAGCAUUGCUCGAAACAUAACAACAUUGAAGCAAUUAAGACUAACGAUGAUGAUGAACCAAUUAAGACUAAUGAAGAUGAUGCCUUUGAGUACCACACUCCACCUACAGAAUUCCAAGAUGCCAGUGUUAAGGAUGGCAGUGUUGUCCCACCAUUCGGCUUCCCGCCAAAAUCCGAUGAACUUAUCAAUUCUGUCAUCGAAUUGCUCUCAAAAACCGCCGAGGAUUAUGAAGCAACUGCCGACGUUUGCCCGUCGGGAGAAAACGAAGAGAUUUCACGCGAUGGAAAUGAAGAAAAAAGCAAAGAAAACGAAGAACUAUUUGAGCCUAAGCAAAACAAUCACCAGGUAGGCAAAGGUCCCGAGGUGAUCCCGGAAAAGGAUGGUUUGGACUUGGACCCCGAUGUGAAAGUAAAUCUUGAACGAGGGAGUUCAGAAAAAGACAGUCUAGAUGGCUCUCCUCAUAGCCGUAGAAGUUUCAUUCAGGAGGAAGAUGAUUCAGGCAUUUCCAUGGUAGAUGAAAGCGACAUAGUGCAGGAAGCAACGAUGACAAAUGGUCAUCAUUUUGAGGCGAAAAAAGAGUGCAAAUUUCAAGUUGAAAACGACAAAAAGGACGUGAAUGAAUUGCUGGAAGGAAGCCAUGACGAUGCACAAAACAAGAGGACAGACACCAGCACACGAGCAGAGAAAAAGACGUGUAAUUCUGAGCCUGAAUCAAAAGAUACUAAAUCUAAUCAAAAUUAUGGCAAAUUGAACGAGGCCGAUGGCAAAUAUACACGUUCUAACGAGGAGCAGGAGAUGAAGUGUAAGAAAUCAAACAGUUUUGAGAACGAACAAGACUCCACCGUGGGUUGGCAAACUAGCCAUAAACGAAUGAGUAGAAAGCGACAGGAAAAAGAAUACGAAAGAAUGCAAUAUGGUAACGAUAAUAAUUGUACGGAAAAUAGGGUAAAUCCUAGAGAAACGACCUCCAGAAGGUCUAGCGGGAAAAAUAAAGGGAGACUGGAAAAGUCUGAUGAAUACAGUAGGACGGCAGAUAAACACAGUGAUGAUAGAGGAAGAGAGAAAGGCGCUUGGACCAGCAAACGUGGCGAUGAGAAUGAUUUUCACGAGAGUCCUAAACGCUCUGGACGCCGUGGGCCCUUGGCUUCUAGGAAAUCUGAAAGUAAAUAUGCAAAGAAUGCUGGUCGAGAGAGGAACGGAGACAAGCAUACUGGGAAAACUGAAAGCGGUGCUCAGAAUGCAAAGCCAGCACCGAGUGUGUUUUCCUACAGAGAUGCGCUUCUGAAAGUCGGCUCCAAAGUUCAAAGUGCAAAGGACCCAACACAGGCCAAUUCUAAAACGGACAAAGUGUUCAACUUUGAAUCCGCAGUGAGUUACUUAUCAGCAGUUUGGACGAGCGUCGAUAAUUUACACAAAAAAGAUCCCUCCAAAGUCUACAUCUACAAUGGUGAAUAAUUGGAAUAACGAAGAUUUUGAAAACGGACUCCCCAAAUUUAUUUUGAACAGAGCUAUUAAUGUGUGCAGAAAAGAUUAAAUUAUUAUGAACUAAUCAAAAAUAACGGCAUAAAAAUUAAAGAUAGAUAUUUUUCUUAAUAUCUCCAAGAGGUUAACAGAGUAAAACCUUGUCAAAAAUUUCCAGAUUUACGAAGAUUUUCAUCUUUAUAUAAAAGGUUGAAAUUGUUAAUGAUGAUUCAAUUUGCUCCUCGCAUUGGUCAAAAGCGAAGGGUAUUUAGUCUAUAGAUCUUCAAACGGUACUUCAGCAAACCAAGAAUUGUAUUUCAAAGUAACUUGAUUAUUUUUCAAAGAUAUUUACCUUUAUAGUUGAUUAAACUUUCAAAUUGCAGAAUCUACCGUCCAGCUUGCCAAAGAAAGUCGGGAAAAGGUUCGUUUAGGACCUUCCAUGAACCACUAUUUGUACAACUUACUGGAGGUGGAAAUCAACCUACAGUUUUCAUAGAAUAUGAAGAUUUUUCAGUCAGCCUUGGACCAGCAUUUCCCAGCCAAAACAAACCAAACCUUUUCCCGUCUAAUUUGACAAGGUUUCUGUAUGUUUCUGUCCAAGCACUAAGCCUAUAGCAAUGGGUACAGAAAAGAUGUUACUAACAGGGCCUAAGGCUUAACUUAUAUUAGAUUGCAAUGUUUGUCUAGUUUAACCUAAAUAUACGAUGUUAUUUAAUUGUAUCUUCAGAAUGCAAAUAGUAAUAUA